UUUGGUACCUUGGCAUAGAUGCACAGAAGAUCCAGCAGAAAUGCCCCUUCCACCAUGGUUAUGACGACAGUGAGGGACACUACAAGAUGGUAAAUACUAACAGGUGUCCUCCUGAGGGAUCCUACCACAAACCCUUCAGAGUAGAAGAACGGGCUGCGUUGGGUUCAGCCAGAUGUAUUCAUAUUUAUUAACAUUUGGUUCUCUAAGUUAUGAUUGGGGGUGUUAAAUGCAGGUUAUCAAAGACCACAUCGCCUACCGCUUUGAGGUCCUGGAGCUGAUGGGUGAGGGCACCUUCGGUCGAGUCCUCAAGUGCAGAGACCACAAAACCAAGCAGCUGGUAGCCAUGAAGGUCAUUGCGAACGACCUGAGGUAUGCAGAUGAGGCGAUGGCAGAGGUAGAAAUUCUGGAGCUGCUCCAAAAGAACGAUGAGGAUGGUGUGGCCAACGUCGUCCACAUGAAGGAGUACUUUCAGUUCCGUGACCAUCUGUGCAUCACCUUUGACCUCAUGGGAAAGAACCUGUACGAGAUGAUGAAGGAGAGACACUUCAGAGGGCUGGGCACCUCUCAAGUGAGGAACCAUGCCAUCUCUCUCGUGCAGUCUCUCCAGCUUCUCAGUAGGUCUGGCAUUAUCCACUGCGACCUGAAACCGGAGAACAUCCUCCUAUCACACGAUAACUCAGAGGUCAUAAAGGUGGCUGACUUUGGGGCGAGCCUUCUGGAACGUCGUAACACCGCCCCCGUUGCCCAAACACUGAUCUACAUGGCCCCCGAAGUUAUUCUGACCAAGGUCUUCAGCAAGGCCAUCGACAUGUGGAGUCUGGGCUGCAUCUUAGCCGAGCUCAAGAGAGGCGUGGUCCUCUUCCAAGUGUGCGACGAGUGCGAGCUGAUGCUGGAAAUGACGAAGCUGCUGGGUGUUCCCCCAAAGCAUAUGCUGAAGGACACCCCGCUUGAGAACUUGCUCUCUGGUCCAAGAACCAGCAGACGCCGGGCCAGGCGCCAUUUGUCUAAGGCCCUGGACACGGAGAACAAACUCUUCCUUGACUUCAUCCAGAGCUGCCUGGAAUACGAGCCGGCGAAGCGCAUGACCCCGGAUGAGGCCAGGCAGCAUCCGUGGGUUCUGAUGCACUUCCAGAGUCCCAGCUCCAGCGAGGACUCUUCUCCCCACCAGUCCACCAACUGGGAGCACAUGGUGGACUCCACCAGCGCCGCAGCCCCGCCCACCUCUGGACCAGGGGCCAGACCGGUCGGAGCCAGGGACAGGAGGGAGGACGCCUCGACGGUCUUCAGAAAACACCUGACACCGUUUGAGCGGAGAGGAAUCAAACAGUACAAGGAGGUGUGGUCCCUUGGCAUAGCUGAAGAGAAGGUUAUCAAAGACCACAUCGCCUACCGCUAUGAGGUCCUGGAGCUGAUGGGUGAGGGCACCUUCGGUCGAGUCCUCAAGUGCAGAGACCACAAAACCCAGCAGCUGGUCGCCAUGAAGGUCAUUGCAAACGACCAGAGGUAUCUUAUCAUGGAUCAAGCUCAAUGA